GUUUUCUUUUAUAGUUUGUAGAAGGUUUAAGAAGAAAAAGGAUAAAAAAAAAAAAAAACUUAAUUAAUAAGCCAUGGAUAAAACUUCAUCCCCAAGUUUUGAGCUACCAGGUUUUCGAUUUCAUCCUACAGAAGAAGAAUUAUUAGAUUUUUACCUAAAGAACAUUAUUAAUGGCAGAAAAAUGCACCAUGAUAUCAUUGGAGUUCUUAACAUUUAUGGCUUUGAUCCUUGGGAUUUACCAGGGCUGGCAAAAAUAGGAGAAAGAGAGUGGUACUUUUUUGUUCCAAGAGACAGAAAGCAUAGCAAUGGAGGAAGGCCAAACCGAACCACAGAACAUGGGUUUUGGAAAGCAACGGGUUCGGAUCGUAAGAUUGUGAGCUUAUCGGAGCCUAAACGGGUUAUCGGGUUAAGGAAGACUCUUGUGUUCUACCAAGGUAGAGCUCCAAGAGGUACCAAGACUGAUUGGAUCAUGAAUGAAUAUCGCCUCCCUGGUAAUUAUGAUUUACUUAAGGACAUUGUAUUGUGCAAGGUAUAUAGAAAGGCAACAUCAUUGAAAGAACUUGAGCAAAGAGCAGCCAAGGAAGCAGAGAAGUCAACAAAUGUAUCUUAUCCCACAUCUCCUUUAUCAUCAUCAAAUGAGACUCGCUCAUUUUUUAGUAAUGCUCAAUUACAACAUUUGUAUACACCAAUGCCAACAAAUCUUAUGAUGAUUCCUACUUUGAAGAAGGACGUUGAGAAUUUUGUGCACAUCACAAAUUCUAAUAAUAAUAAUAAUAAUAAUAAUAAUAAAAAUAUUGUGUCUUCGUUGAAUACCUCUAACACUAUACAAACACCUUUCGGAAAAGAAAGCUUACAACUCCAAAUUUCUAAGUCAGGUUCGAGUUUGGAUACAAGUAUGGAAUGGGGUCAAGACCCAUUAUUCUCAUUAUCAUGUAGCCCAUGGCUUGAGAAUUUGUUCAAUUUCUCUAGUCCAACUCUAAUUUCUCAAUUGUUAUAAUGGGAAUAUAAUUUACAUUUUAUUGUAAUUCAUAAUUAUGUAAAUAAUUGUGCCCCUUUUUGCCAUCUAUCCUCCCUCUUUUUUGUCCCACAAAUGAGUUUGUGAUGGGAUGAGGUGGUGAUUAGUUUACUAGCUAGACAACAGUUAUUGUGAACAAGAAUGUUUGUACAAUAACUUCUUAGGUAUGUGAUUUAAUUAUAUAUUACUUAGUAUAAUUUUGAAGUGUUCCUACAAGAUAUAUGAUUGAUUAUUAAUUAUAUAUAAUCUAAUUAACUUAUCAUAUAUU